UCUCCUCUAUAAUACAGAGAGAGAGAAGCACAGCGUUUUGGGCAACCGAUCAGGAAGACGAUCUUGGUGUUGUGGGUAGACGACUUGCUGGAAAAAAGAAAAAAAAAAAAGGAAAAAACAGUAGGAGAGAGCGAAACCGCAUCGGAGGGAACCUAGCUGCAGCAACGUCGUUGGUAGCCAAAGAUUUGCUGCAGGUCAUAAACAUGGCUUCUGCUUCUUCUUCUUCUUCUUCUUCUCGAGAAAAGUAUGAUGUGUUUCUCAGUUUUAGGGGUAAGGACACCCGUGAUGGUUUUACUGGUUAUCUUUAUCAUGCUCUGGAUCUAAAGCAUAUCGUGACCUUCAAAGAUGAUGAGAACCUUGAAAGUGGCCAUAGAAUUUCUGAAAUCAUGGAGGCCAUUAAGGAAUCUAAGAUUUGCAUAAUAGUUUUCUCCAAAGACUUUGCAUCUUCCACAUGGUGUUUGGAUGAAGUGGUUCGCAUACUCGAAUGCAAGAGAAAUGGGAGUACUGUUGUACCCAUUUUUUAUGGCAUAGAACCAUCUGUUGUACGAAAACAGCAGGAGGGUUAUGCAGAAGCAUUUGUUAAACAUGAACAAGACGGAAGGGAGAUGGUGCAGCAGUGGAAGGAUGCUCUUAAAGAAGUGGCUGGUAUCAGCGGUCAUGAGUCAAACAAGAUUAGACCUGAGUACAUGUUUAUUGAAAAAAUUGUUGAAGAUGUUUUAUUGAAAUUGUCUAAAUACGUAUCAGCAAAUGAUCAUUUCAAGAGGCACUUGAUUGGAAUUGAAAAGCCUACGAAGGAAAUUGAAGGAUUGUUAUGCAUUGGCUCAAGGAAUGUUCGCAUCAUAGGCCUUUAUGGCAUGGGGGGCAUUGGAAAAACCACCCUUGCACGUGCUAUAUUUCAAACCUUCUAUCGUCAUUUCGAAAGUUGUUGCUUUCUUAACGAUGUUAGAGAAGAAAUUGACAGACGUGGAAUAGAUCAUUUGAGAAAGAAACUUCUUUUUGAGCUGUUCAAAGAUAAAACUUCUCUAAACACGGAAUCAACUGCCAUUCAAGAAGACAGAUGCCGCCGUACAAAGGUCCUUAUUGUUUUAGAUGAUUUGGAUGCAAUAUCACAAUUAAACAGAUUAUUACCUAUAGGGUGUACCUUCGGUGAUGGAAGUAGAGUUAUUGUCACAACCAGAGAUGCCCAACUGCUCAGGUCAAGGGCAGAUGAACUUUACGAGGUUAAGAGGUUAAAUGACUCUGACGCCCUUACGCUUUUUCGCUUGCAUGCUUUUGGUCAAAAUUCUGAUCUUCCAGGGUAUGAAGCUUUAUCAAAAAGUGCAGCAGAUUAUGCACAUUGCAAUCCAUUAGCUCUUGAAGUCUUGGGUUGUUCCCUUCGCUCCAAAAGCAUAAAAGAAUGGAAAAGUGCAUUGGAUAACUUGAAAACAGAUCCAGACAGGUCCAUUCAAAAAGUGUUGAAAAUAAGUUAUGAUGGAUUAGGUGACAAAGCAAAGGGCAUAUUUCUCGACAUUGCAUGCUUCUUCGAUGGUGAAGUUGACAGAGAAUAUGUGGAAAGCAUACUACGCCGCAAUGAGCAACAUUCUGAUGCAACAGCAGGAAUAAGUGAUCUCAUUGAUAAAUCCUUAAUAAUUGCAUGCCAAAACAAAUUGUCCAUGCAUGCUUUACUACGACAAAUGGGUAAGGCUAUUGUUUGUAAUGAAAACAAAGAUCCUGGAAAACGUAGUAGACUGUGGAAUGCUAAAGAUGUUAGCUAUGUAUUGGAAAGAAGUACGGGAAGCUCUGAAGUUGAAGGUAUAUCAUUGAAUCUGUCUGAACUUAGAAAGGAUGUAAAAGUGAAGCCUACAGCAUUCUCAAAGAUGUACUAUCUACGAUUUCUUAGAAUGCAUUGUGACAACAGAUUUUGCAAUGGAGAAAUAUUCUACGAGAAAGUAGGAUGGGGUCCAUACGAUAGAGAAGUGAGCCAACAAAUAUAUCUUCCUUAUGAAGGUUUAGAGUUUCCUUCUGAUGAGCUGAGAUAUCUUCAGUGGGAUUUAUACCCUUUAAAAGAUUUUCUAUCAAAUUUUAGUCCAGAAAAUCUUGUUGAACUUGUCAUGCGUGAUAGCCAACUUGUGGAGCUACAUUGGGAUGAAAAUCAGCCCGUUGAGAAGUUGAAGAAGAUGGAUCUUAGUUAUUCUGAGCACCUUAUUCAAAUACCAAACUUGUGUGGGGCUAUAAAUCUUGAAAGUAUAAAUCUUCAAGGGUGUAUAAGUUUGGUUCAGAUUCCUUUAUGCUUUAAGAAUCUGGACAAGCUUGAGCUAUUAGAUUUGAGUGAUUGUGAGAAUCUGAAAGAUGGCAUGGAAAAUCUUCCAUUGAAUAUAAGGGAGUUGAAAUUGUGUAGGACAGCAAUAGAAGUAUUGCCCUUACGAGUUAGGUCUCUUUCGGGUCUAUUAGAUUUGGAUAUGAGUGGAUGCAAUAAACUGAAAGAUGGGAUAGAAAAUCUUCCAUCGAAUUUAAAGGAGUUAAGACUCUGCGGGACAGCAAUACAAGUAGUGCCAUCAACAAUUGGGUGUCUCAUGGGUCUCUCACAUUUAGAUUUGUAUAAUUGCGAAAGACUUGAAAGUCUACCGGAAAGCAUUUGGAAGUUGGAAUCACUGGAAUGGCUGGAUCUUUCUAAUUGCCCAAAUCUGAUCGAGCUUGAGGAUUGUACAAGUUCAUCUCUUCGAUAUUUGAAAAUAAGUGGUUGUACGGGAUUGAGAUCAAUAAUUGCGCUUCCACCAUCUUUAAAUUGUUUGGAUGCAAAUAAUUGCACAUCGCUGGAGAAAAUAUCAAGUUGGUGGACCCCAACCGUACAAGAUUAUGACCCCCAAGUUCAACAUCAAAAUAAUAAAAGUGGAGGGGAAAUUUAUAAUUUUGAGCAAUGUCUAAAAUUGGAUGAAGACACAUGUAUCAACGUUAUUGCUGAUUGUGCAUGCCGUAGAAUUUUGUCUGCUCACGAUGAUAUUUCAUAUCUGGAAAUGGUGUACCCAGGAGAUGUAAUCCCACGGUGGUCCAAUUAUGAAGCUUAUGGGAAAUCAUUUAUGCAGCUUCGUCCAAAUUGGCUUAAUACUGAUGAUUCCCGCUUCAAAUUUGUCUUUGGCGCUGUUGUUUAUGCGUUUAAAAUUUCUGGGCCAGAAACUAAAAUCCGAUUCAGAUUCAAUUUCACUACCAGCAUUGACAGUAGUGUCGGCGGUUCUUUCAAUUAUGAAGAUGUUUGCACGCUUCAAGUAAAUAAACGCUCACCUCAUGUCUUAAUUAGGUAUGCGACUAUCGAUUUGAGGCAUGUAUUUGGGGUAAACUGGUCCUCUGUUUGUAGAAUGGUCACCGGGGCUUCUUUCCAUGUGUUUAUGGAGGAAGAAAAAAAGGACAAUUGGAUGAUCGGAAAUUGUGCGCUCCAGGUUAUAAACUUCACUGCUUCACGGGAUUUGCGGUUAUGGGACUCGUCCGCUUCACUAUCAUCAUCUUCUACUCAUCAAAAAAAGUAUGACGUGUUUCUCAGUUUCGGAGGUGACGACACCCGUAACAAUUUUAUUGGACAUGUUUAUCAUGCUCUGUGUCGUAAGCAUAUCCGGAUCUUCAAACAUGACGAAAACCUAGAAAGUGGCCAUGAGAUUUCAGAAAUUAUGGACGCCAUUAAGGAAUCUGAGAUUUGCAUGAUAGUUUUCUCCAAAGACUUUGCUUCUUCGACAUGGUGUUUGGAUGACGUGGUUCGCAUACUUGAUUGCAGGAGAGAUUGGGAAGAUAUCAUACUACCCAGUUUUUAUGGCAUAGAACCAUCCAUUGUACGCAAACAGGAUGGGAGUUAUGCGGAAGCAUUUAAUAAACAUGAACAGCGUUUCAAGGACAAUAUGGACAAGGUGCAGCGAUGGAGGGAUGCUCUCAAGGAAGUGACCAAUCUCAGCGGAUAUGAUUCAAAGGAUUUUGGUCAAAUGGAAGAUGAUGACAUUGUAAUUGCGGUUUUAUACAAUGGAACAUUGGUACAAAAUGAUAGUGGUGAUUGGGAAUAUCGAAAUGGUAAAAAUGUAAUGGUUUCCGUCGGCAAGAGAUGCACAAAAUCAGAGUUAGAGGAUGAGAUUUUCAAUUCUAUUGAGAUAGAUCGAAAUGAAUAUUUGCUAAAGCUAAAAUGGAUAUAUGGACGAUGUGCAGAAAAGUUGGAUCCUACAGAAAUACGAUGUGAUAGGGAUGUGAAAUGCUUUCUUCAAGAAGUGAGGAAUGGAGGGAUGACAAUGAUGCGGCCUCCAUUGUAUGUUGAGGUGAUUUCAAAAGUUGAACAUGUAUGUAGAAAUGUUCAUCAAACAGCAUUUGCUUCGGAUAGUGGGAGUAAUCUUCAUUCUUUUUCUUGUCCUCCAAUUAGCGGUCGUCUACCACAAGCUUCCGAUACUGAACCAAUUCAGGCUACAUCUCAGGAAAUUAUGGUUCAAGAAACUCAGUUUAGAGAUCAAGUUGAUGUUCGUGGGGGGGCCUGGACAUCAUUUAACAUUCACGAAGGAGUUGAUGUUGGAGGUGACUAUGCUGAACGGUUUCCUAACGACGAGGAGUAUGAGCAGUUGCAUCAUAUUGAUCAUGAUGAGAAUUACAAUGCAGCAGGGGAUGAUGUUGGUCAUAAUGAUAUAGAUUUUGAUCAUGAGUUGCCGGAUAAUGAUAAUGAUAUGCAUCCUGAAAUGAACAAUGAAGGAGUUGAUGAUGUUAGGGUUCAUCGUGCUACAAGUGACCACAUAUCAUCGAGCAACAGAAGUGGUUCUAUGGCCAUAUUUUCGUCAAAGUUCACUGGUUGUGAGAGCAUAGUAGUUGGACAAUUAUUUCGCAACAAACGUGACCUACAGAAUAAACUGAGUAUCUAUUGCAUGCGAGAAAAUAAGGAGUUCAAGGUGACACGAUCAACUACACAACGGUAUGAAGUUGUAUGCUUGGAAAAUACUUGUAAAUGGCGACUACGUGCAACCACAUUUAAAAAUGGAGAAAUAUUUGUUGUGAGAAUUUUUGAUAAUGUACACAGUUGCUCGUUAGAUAUCGUGCAUCGAGAACACAAGCAAGCCAGUAGCCGGGUUAUCGGGCAAUGUAUCAAAUUUAAAUAUGAAGGUAUUGCACGUGUUUACAAACCCAAAGAAAUUCAACAUGAUUUUUUGCAGAAAUAUGGGGUGAAUAUAAGCUACAACAAAGCAUGGAGAGGUAAAGAGUAUGCACUUAACAGUGUUAGGGGAUCUCCAGAGGAGAAUUUUGCUAAGUUACCUGCCUACUGUUUUGAGUUAGUGUCGAAGAACCCUGGGACUGUUACACGUAUCAAAACAGACGAUAAUAACAAUUUUGUAUAUUUCUUUAUGGCGAUUGGAGCAAGCAUUAGGGGAUUUAAAUCCCACAUAAGAUUCGUAUUGGCUGUUGAUGCAACUACAUUGAAAGGGAAAUACAAAGGGUACAUGUAUAUUGCAUCGGGCAUGGAUGGCAAUAAGCAAAUAUAUCCUUUGGCUUUCGGCAUUGGAGAUGGAGAGAACGAGCAAGCAUAUACAUGGUUUUUCCAAAACCUGAAGGAUGCCAUCGGAGAUUUUCCAGAUUUGGUGUUUGUGAGUGAUAGACACCCCGCUAUUGAAAGGGCAUUACGCAAAGUUUUUCCCAAUGCAUACCAUGCGUUGUGCACGUACCAUAUAAGCAGAAAUAUUAAAGCAAAUGGACAUGCGAAAGAUGAAUCAAUAAUACAAUGUUUCAUGCUCGCAGCUAGUGCAUAUUUGGUUGAAGAUUUUGAGUUUUAUAUGGGGCAAAUUGAGGCAAAAAACAUUAGGGCUGCCCAGUACAUUCGAUCAUGUGACCCUACAAGGUGGGCACGUUCUCUUUGUCCAUGUAGAAGGUACACUAUCAUGACCACCAAUAUUGCAGAAAGCUUGAAUGGCAUUCUGCUAGAUGCUAGAGAGAUGCCAAUAGUAGCAUUAAUAGAGCACAUACGGGAUUUACUGCAAAGGUGGUUUUAUGAGCGACAUACUGCAGGUGCAAAAUUGACAAAGCCUGUGACUGACCAUAUGGAAGAGCAACUUAAACUACGAAAUUUGGAGUCCAUCGGACUACGUGUGAAAGCCAUUAAUAUGCAUGAAUUUCUUGUGGAAGGUGGGAGUUUGAGGGGUACAGUUAAUCUCCAAUAAAAAACAUGCUCAUGCAAAGUCUUCGAUCUUGAUCAAUAUCCUUGUGAUCAUUGUAUUGCCGCUUGCAGAGAUCGAAAAAUUGCUCCUUAUGGCAUGUGUUCUCAUUACUACACCGCGGAUGCAUAUCGUGCAGCUUAUGCUGAGUCCAUUUAUCCUUUGUUAGAUGAAAAACAGUGGCAUGUCCCGGAUGACGUGGCAAGUCGCAUUGUUCUUCCACCAAGAUGGACACGUAGGCGAGCCGGUAGACCAAGGAUGCAACGCAUACCAUCCGAAGGUGAAGAUGUUAUUGGACGUAGAUGUAGCCGAUGCGGUGGUGUUGGACAUUAUAGGCAGAGAUGUACGA